CCGGGUCUCGCAUUCUACACCAUCCCGGCGAUGUGGGCCAUCGCGUUUACCCCAGCGGUCGCCACGUUCCUCAAGCUGACGCUCACCAUCGGAUGGAACAACGUCCUGCCGCGUUCUAACAUGGCGCGCGUUAAGGACAGCCAGAGGCUUGAUCAGGCCACCCGCGACCGCCUCGCGCGGUGGGCUGGUGCCCAUCAGAAUGGAAUGGAGAAUCUCCCGCUUUGGACUGGUGCAGUCUUGGCAGGAUAUAUUGCGGGUAUCCCGCACAGAACGCUGAACACGUACGCCGUCGAGUAUAUCGGCCUGCGCCUGCUGUACACCUUCAUCUACACCAACCAGACCACAGAGGUCGUCGGCUACCUCCGAACUGUGACCUUCUUUGCUGGUGUCCCGCUCCCCGUAAUCCUUCUCAUCAAGGCUGCAAACAAAAUCGCGGCGACUGGCAUCUAAUUAUUUGUGCCCGUUGUCUUAGAUAUACCUUACUC